UUCAGCUCCCUAAUGCCACCUGCCUGACCUAAGCCUUUUCAUGUUGUUGCCACUGCUGGGCGCCUGUGCGGUGGUGGGGCCAUUCCAGGGCCCCAAGUGAGAGCCAGUGAGGGGCCUGCUCUCCGAGGAUCAGAGCUGCAGGGACCCUCGGUGAUGCGGCAACCUGCUUGCCCUCUGCCUCUUUGUGAUCUAGCAGGUUCGGCACCAUUGGCACCAAAUCAUCAGGACACCCCCCAGCAUGAGGAAUGUCAUCAAGGUACCACCACAGGAGUGGACAGUGCCCUCCAUGAGACAUGACACUUGUUUUGGGCCGACCCCUAAAUUAUUCUUCAGUUCUGGCAAGUUCAGGGCCCUGGAUGCUCAUGUGCAACAAUGGGCACAAAAGAAGAGAUGGGAAUACUGGAGGAGCCUCCGGGAACCAGGGGCUCAAUACCUGCUCUCUUGGCAGCACCCAUGUCAGUGUCCACGUUGGGAUUUCCAUACCCCUUCUGAGACCAACUUUUGUACCACCUGCUUUUCAAGCACCUGUAUGCUCCCUCAGGACAGUUCUUGGGGUGUAUGGCAGGUACCCUGGUGUCUCAGUGAUGAACACCCUCACCUGAUUCGCAAGCCACCGCUCCCUGACCUGGACGUGUAUCAUCAGAGGACGGAGCCACCGCUGGUCCACUCCCAGGAAGAGUUAGUGCCAUUGGAGCCUAUUGUCAGCAUGGGGUCCCAUUCCACCACCAUGACUUUAACCACUGCUCUUCCAACCCUCCCUUCAUCUCAGAGGCUGCAGUUCUGCUCUGGAGAAUUCCUGCCUUUUCCUUUCAACCAACAAGUGGGACUACCCACCUGGAAGUCCUGGGACUGUCCACAAGAGGCCUGGACACCAGGGAGUGAAAACCCAAUACUAAGCAGAGAGGAUAUUAGAGAGACCCAGGCUCCAGAGUGGGCAAAGCAGAGAGAGAGCAGCCGGGAGGAUGCCUGGGAGAUGGAGGCAUCUGGAAGGCAACUCCCAACAAACUUUGGGAUGGAGAACAAUGCAGAGACCAAGGUCCUGGAGGGGAAAGGCCAGAGACCAGUGACAAGUAGAACUGGUGGAGAGAAGCUGACCGCAGGGGGGGAGAACUGGGACCACAUGGGAGUUGAGAAUAGAGCCCAAACGCAGGAACCAGGGAAGAGAAACCAGAGGGAGGCGAGAGGCGAGAUUCUUCCUGAAACCCAGGCACAUAAAGUAGAGAACCAGGAAGAGUCAAGAUAUAAAGUUGACGCAGAGACCCAGACCCAGGGAUUGGGGAAGCAGGGCCAGACUGGAAGUGAGAAUGGUGAGGAGUUCCAGGUGCCACAGAGCGGGAAACAAGACCAGAUUAGAGGUGAUGCUGGUACAGAGAUUCAGGCAGAAGGGAGGAGAAACAAGGACCAGGUUGGAGUUGAGAAUGUUGUGCAAACCCAAACAUGUGGGAGGGAGAACCUGGGCGAAGCAAAACAAGAGGAUGGUGUAGAGAUCCAGGCACUGGGGUGGGGAGAGCAGGAAUGUGAUGGAAGUGAGCAUGUUACAGAAAUCCAGACACCAGGGUGGGGAAAGCAGGAUCAGGGUAAAAGUGAGAAAGAGCGGGAAGAAAUCCAGAAAGAACUAAGACAUGAAUUGCAAAUGGGGUGGAGUGGGCAAGGCCUGAGAAGAGGCAAGGUUGCCGGGGAAACCCAGACAUCUAAAAAGAAGAAGCUCAGGGAGAUAAGAGGGGAGGAUUGGGUCAUGAUCCAGAUAGUGUGGUGGGAAGACCAGAAACCAGUGGCACGUGAGAUUGACAGAGAAUUUGAGACACCACCAUAUUGGGGGAAUCAGGGCCAGAUUGGAGCUGAAUGUAGAACAGAAAUGCAGGCACCAAAGAAGGGAGACCAGAGAAAGGACAGAGAGGAGGAUGGCAUAAAUACCCUGGCACCUGAGGUAGAGAACCAGGGACAGAUAAGAGAUGAAACUCAUGUAGACACCCAUCCACCAGACGGGAGGAACCAAGAGCAAUUUGGAGAUGAGACUAGUAUAGACAUUCAGUUGCCAGAGAUGGAAGACAUGAGAGGGCUUAAAGGUGAAGAUAAUAAAGAGACCCAGGAACUUGGGGAAGAAAACCAAGGGCAGUUAUACGACGAAAUUAAUGGAAAAUUUCACACACCAAAAUGGAAGAACCAGGAACACAUUAAAAGCAAGGAUGCUGCAAAUACCCAGGCAUCUGAUGCACAGAACUGGGGAGAAUUAACAAAUAACAUUGAUGGAGAAACUCAUUCAGCAGAAUGGAGGAAAGAGGAGCAAGCUGGAGGUGAGCAUGGCACAGAAACCCAAACCCCAGAGAAGAGAAACCAAAGAGAACCUGGAGGUGUAGAGACCCAGGGACCUCAAAGAGAGAACUUGGAACAGUUAGAUCAUGAAAUUGGAGAGAACCUGUCACCAGGGAGGAGGAACUGGGAGCAGAGUGGAGGAAAGAACGAUGCAAAAACUCAGACAUUGGAGAAGAGAAACCAGAGAGAGGUUGGAAGCGAAGAUGGUAGAAAGAUCCAGAGACUUAGAGGCGUGAACCAGAGACGGUUAAAAAGUAAAGUUAAUGGAAAGGCCUGUACAUCAGAGUGCAAAAGCCAGGAGCAGAUUGGAGAGGAGAAUGGUGCAGAAACGCAAAUACAAGGAAAGAGAAACCUGCGAGGGACCACAGGUGGUGAUGGUAGAGAGACCCAGACACAGUUAAGAAGUCAUAUUGAUGGGAAGAUCCAGACACCAGGGGAAGAGAACCAGAAAAAGGGUAGAGAUGAGGAUGCUGCAGAAAUCUGGGAUGUAGGGAGCCAGAGAAAGUGCGGAGCUGCGGAUGCUGGAGAACCUGGAGUUCCAAGGGGAGGAAUCCAGGACCAGGUCGGAGAACGGGAUGCUGCUAAAGGCAAUCUCCGAGUUGACUGUUAUGGGGACGAGGGGCUUCCAGUCCUCACUGGCUCUGGGUAUGGGGCCCUGGACCAGGAGCAAGUAGUGGCCUCUGCUACCUGCCCUGAGAUGAAGCCUCUACCACACCAGGCUGAACUCUUCUUGCUCUCCAGUGGGGAGGGAAAGCAUUUGGCCAGCCAGAACAUGGCCCCUGCCAGGAAGCACAGAGUGGGCAUCAGUCCGGCCUCCCUGCCGGCCCCGUCUAAACCCUCGAGAAGCCGACAAAGGGACAAAAGAGUGGAUGCGAGUCUGGCUUGGCAGCUCCAGAACCCACAGUCUCUGGCUGUUUCCCUGAACCUGCCUUCUUCCUGCCCCUCUGACUCCUGUGGCCAAGCCCCCCAAGAUGCCACAGCUCUAUUGGGUGUUCCGACUGCCCUCACUGUCCUGCCCAAGGAGCCAGUCCUCACGAAGAGCCAGCAACUACUCCUAGAGGCCCUCCUGCUGCGGAGGAUUGAACACCUGAAGUGGGGCUUCCCCCAGCGGGUCCUGGAGUCCCAUUUGCUCUUUAACUCGAUAGAUCCCUGCCCACUGCCCUUUCCUGGGGUGCAGCUCCCUGGAUUACACACAGCCUGUGAGCCCCAACAGCAGCAGGAAAGGCUUUGUGAGGCUCAGGACUCCAGGCCAGGCCUUACGUCCCCUGAGCAGUCCCAGAGGGUUCAACCCCCAGCAAGAAAAAGCUCAAAACUUUCUACACAGGCCAGAGCUCUGGAGAAGUGCGAGCCACAGGGAUCAGAGCCCAAGGGCAUUUGCAUCCAUCUCCCCAAGCCUUUGAGCGUCAGUCCACCAGGGGGCUCUGGAGAAAGACAGGCUGUCCAGGAGGAGGCUCCUCCUAGGGCCGAGCUUCCUGCUCCCAGGAGCCCUAGGCCCGCAGCAGAGUCUAGGAACGGGACCACCCAGGAAAGCGUUGGCGAUCCUUCCAGUGAGAAGAGCAGGAACAGGAAAACGGUCAGGCCAGGAGUCUCCCAGAUGUCAGAGAGGGCUCCCAGCAGAGCGACAACCCCAUACUCCAGGGCAGGCCAUGGGCACCUGCGGAAGCAGAGCACGCCCCAGGAGGCCUCCCAGCACCCCAGACUCCAAUGUCAGCAGCCCACACACCCGAGGAGAGAGAGCCUGGAGGGCAGAGGGGCUGAGCUGCAGUCUUCCCCCUGCUCCAAAGACACCUCCAGCUUCAAGGGGAGUCUCCACUCUGCCGCCAGGAGUCUGAGCAUAAACUGUCUCAAUGAGACAUCGUGGGCCCCACACCUGGCCAAGCCCCAGCACUCAGCCCCCAACCUGAACCUGAGGGGCGCUGACCCUGCCCUGCUUCCCAACGUGGGUGACCCACAUGGAAGGGAGAACAGCAUCGGGGUCCACACUUCUUCAAAGAGGGACCUUCAGCCACCAGGUCACUGCUGUGCUGGUGCCGCUCUUCCCAAGACAGAAAGCCUCCAGGGUCAAGGGGAACCUGAAAACCCAAACGGGGCGCCACGGAACCCAGCAGCCUCCAAAAAGCUGGACUUUUUAAAGCAUGUGCGGUGUUUCCUGCCCCGGCAUUGCUUUAGAAAAUAGGCUGCAGGCCCGGCAUCCUCAGAACACACCGGAGAAGGCAUGAGAGCGGCCUGUUCGCCCCCAAAGCCUCUAAUAAAAUUGGUUACUUGGGAA